GUCGAAGUUUAAUAGUUAAUUUAAAAAGAGUGAUAGCAAAAAAAAUAUUGUAAAAUAAUCACUUAUAUGAAAAUAAUUAUUAAGUACAAUAUUUGAUGGGAUUUAUAAAGGUUGUAGAUAUAGAAGAUAAUACUAAAAGAGUGGAUAAAGAACAUAGUCAUUUUGUAACUGAUAUCGAAAGAGUUUAAAACUUUGCACUAAUGGCUCCAAACGUAAAGGAAGACAACAUAGAAUCAUUAGAAGAUGAUAAAUUUGAGAAGCUAGUGGCACCACAAGCGAGUCCAUGGAAAUUUGAACUUUUGCAUCCGGUUGUGUUAUACGUAUUUUCAAUUCAUGUUGCUUCUGUGUAUGGUCUUUAUGUUUCGUGGAGUUCAGUGAAGUGGGCUACGGUUGCAUUCACAUUGGCAUACUACGUGACAUCAGUGCAAGGGAUAACAGCUGGUGCUCAUCGAUUAUGGAGUCACAAAUCUUACAAAGCAAAAUUACCGCUUCAGAUACUCUACAUGAUAGCACAAUCAGCGACGAUGCAGUACAGUAUAAUAUGGUGGGCCAGCAAACAUCGUCAGCACCACAAAUUCAGUGACACGGAUGGUGACCCUCACAAUGCCACGAGACAUAUAUUCUUCUCCCAUAUUGGAUGGAUCAUGACCAGACCUCACCCUGAAGCUGUGAAGAGGAGAAAAUUAGUUGACGUAUCUGAUCUGAAAAGCAAUUCGGUUUUGGCGUUUCAAAGAAGACACAUGGUCCUAUUGAACUUACUCUUGGCGUUUCUUCUGCCUAUCAUCAUCCCUGUAUACUUGUGGUCUGAGAACAUCUACACCGCUUGGCACUUCAACAUAUUCCGUGUCACUAUCACCUACCACUGCAUAUUCUUUGUCAACAGCAUCGCUCAUAAAUGGGGUAUGAGACCCUACGAUAAGAAAAUGCAAGCAACCCAAGCUCCUUUUGUAGCUCACUUUUCCUUCGGAGAAGGCUGGCAUAAUUUCCACCAUGUCUUUCCCUGGGACUACAGUAGUGAUGAGCUUGGGAGUAAAUUCAGCUUUACCACUAAGGUCAUUGAUUUCUUUGCAAAGAUCGGAUGGGCGUAUGAUUUGAAGAGUGUCCCGAAAGAAGUGAUCUAUGAUAGAGCACAUAGAACUGGUGAUGGAUCGCCUGUAAUGAAGUCGGUGAGCUAGAUGUAGAAAUGUAUUGUCUGUAGUAAUAAAAUGACUUACUUAUUAACUCAUUCCUGACGAUCCGAUUACUCUAGCCUGGUGUAGCUAGCGACAACAAACACUUCAGAACCCGGUAUCGGAUCCCGCCGGCGUGGUCGACGAUUUCUCUAAUUCAUCGCUUAAAAAUCAACUGGAGUCGAUUAAUUCUUUCAAAUAUAGGCCUCUCAA